AUCGCUUGCAAAAGUACGUGCAUCGCAGCGAUUGCGAUUGUUAAAUUUCUCCAAUCGCUCGAUUUCCAAUUCACACAAAGUGUAAUUUGGUGGAAGCGUUCUCUUGCCUAGUUGUAUAAUUGUUUAACAUCAAGUUCCCAGUGCAGCCGAAGCUAUGAGCCCAUUAGUGUCAAAGGCUUUCACCCUGUGUAAUUUCCGUCCCGUCGGAUUAAAUUUAGUAGUUCGAUUGUUUUCGGUAUCAGUGUACCAAAACACACGAUUAGCCGAGGUAGGCAAGCUCGAGUUGCCAAAGGCACAGGGGAAAUAUGAGACGGGACAAUUGUUCUUACAUCGAGUGUUUGGAUACCGUGGUGUAAUACUAUUCCCCUGGCUGGCACGAGUGUACGAUCGCGAUUUGCCGAACCAAACGAAGGGAAACCAGCUGGAAAGUGGCUCCUCCGGAACGUCCGGCUCCACUGAUGGCAAUUCGAAUACGAGCAAAGAGGUGCAAAAGAAAACGCACACCUUCUAUCAGGUGUUGAUUGAUCAACGCGACUGCCCGUACAUUAGAGCACAAACGGAGGCGGUAACAUUCCUGGGGAAUCAGGAGUCGAGUCGUAGCUUGUACGCCAUCCCCGGUCUGGACUAUGUCGCCCACGAGGACAUACUUCCAUACAGUUCGGGCGAACAGCACCCGCUUCAGCACGAACUUUUUGAUAAAUUUUUAGCCAAUCAACCAGACAAGGAUCCUCCCUUCGUGGCACAAGAAACGUUGAGGGCAUGGCAAAAGAAGAACCAUCCAUGGUUGGAACUGUCAGACGUUCAUAAGGAAACGACGGAAGGAAUACGCGUUACGGUCAUACCGUUUUAUAUGGGAUGCAGAGAAACUCCAGCAGCGUCAGUUUAUUGGUGGAGAUAUUGCAUAAGAUUGGAAAACUUGGGGGAACUGAGUGUACAACUACGAGAACGACACUGGAGAAUAUUUUCCCUAUCCGGGACGCUAGAAACCGUACGUGGUCGUGGUGUGGUUGGUCAGGAACCAGUGCUCAGUCCCCGCUUGCCAGCUUUUCAAUACAGCUCGCACGUUAGUCUGCAAGCACCGAGUGGUCAUAUGUGGGGAACGUUUCGGAUGGAACGAGAGGAUGGUCACAUGUUUGACUGUCGUAUACCACCAUUCUCGCUGGAAAGCAAACCGGAUGAUAACAAUAAUAGCGGCAGCGUGGACGAACCAACCGCAAACCUGGAUGGAUCGUCCGAAAAUAGUCCACAGUCUGGUGGAAGUGACACUGCAUCGACGACAACGCCCGGAACACCAAAUACGAAAAAUAACAAAAAUGAUGGUGACGAACAUGUCUAAA